CUUGUUAUUUCGUUUAUUGCUUGCAGUUCCGUGCAAGUGGGGAGUUGUAGGAGCCGAGUGUUUGUGGUAAAAGACAAAUCUUCGAGCUGGAAUCCCUCAAAUAACCUUGGACGAUGAAGGCAGCAGAUGAGCCUGCCUAUCUUACAGUGGGAACCGAUGUCAGUGCCAAGUACCGUGGUGCCUUUUGUGAGGCGAAGAUCAAAACAGUGAAGCGCUUGGUGAAAGUUAAGGUUACCUUGAAGCAGGAUAAUUCUACACAACUGCUGCAGGAUGACCAAGUAAAAGGUCCUUUACGGGUUGGCGCGACCGUUGAAAUGAAAACCCCCGAUGGGGCGUUUCAGGAGGCCGUUAUAAGUAAACUGACCGAUGCCAGCUGGUACACCGUGGUUUUUGAUGAUGGUGAUGAAAGGACUUUAAGGCGUACAUCAUUGUGCUUAAAGGGCGAAAGGCAUUUUGCUGAAAGCGAGACCUUGGAUCAACUCCCGCUAACAAACCCAGAGCAUUUCGGCACUCCAGUCAUUGGGAAAAAAUCCAACAGGGGAAGAAGAUCCUCCCUCCCGAUGACUGAAGACGAGAAAGAAGAGGAGAGCAGUGAAGAAGAAGAUGAGGAUACAAAACGCCUCAAUGACGAGUUAUUGGGCAAAGUGGUUGGCGUGAAAUGUAGUUCGUCAAAAGAAUGGUUUCCAGCGCUGGUCGUAUCUCCCAGCUGCAGUGAUGACACGGCCGUGAAAAAAGACCAGUGUUUGCUUCGAUCGUUUGCAGAUUCAAAAUUCCAUUCAAUUGCAAGAAAAGACAUCACUGAACUUGACGUUGAUGCACUGAAGUCAGAAUAUUUUGGCAAGCCGGGUGUAACAGAAGCCGUUGCUUUCUUAAAGUCAAGAACUGUCCCAGACGCUUGGAAAAUGGACAUGAGCGAGAUCCUCGAGUCCUCCAGCAGCGAUGACGAAGAUGGAGAGGCGGAUGUCAGCGACGGCGAACAGAAUAAAGAUGCCGACGAAGAAGCUGAGCCUGAAGAAGAGGCCGACCCGGAGGAAAGGGACAACUUUCUUCAGCAGCUUUACAAGUUUAUGGAAGACAGAGGUACACCAAUCAACAAGCCACCGGUGUUGGGUUACAAGGAUCUAAACCUGUUCAAACUCUUUAGACUUGUGUAUCUUCAGGGAGGUUGUGACAAUAUUGAAAGUGGCGCUGUCUGGAAGCAAAUUUAUAUGGACCUUGGUAUUCCCAUAUUGAAUUCCGCAGCAUCCUACAAUGUAAAAACCGCAUACAAAAAGUACCUUUAUGGAUUUGAGGAGUAUUGUCGUUCUGCGGAUAUUCAGUUUAGGACUAUUCAUCACAAUGAUCCUAAACCAGUAGAAGAUAGCGAGCCCGAGGAAAAGCCAAUGGAGAGCAGUGAAGGGAAGGAGGCCGCUGUACUUCCAUCAGAUGUGAGCGUUAAAGAGGAAGAUGACUCCGAUUCAAGCAGUGACCUUGGAAAGGAGGAAGCAGAAAUUAAGUCUAGGGGGAGACGGAAACUCAUGCCCGGUGUCAUUCCCGUGACAAAGGAUCCCGACGAUGCCGAUAAACGAAAGGACAGCAACAAGGAAAACAAAGACGACGAAGACCUAGAAGAUGCAGAGAAAAUUGAGGAGAAGAAGGAAGGUGAAACAACUCCUGGGUGUAGGAUGUUGCCGUGCAAACUGAAAGGCGAGCGAAAAGCCAGGAAGCAAGAUGAGUCCGAGCAGGAAUCGGACGAAGAUGAUGAAAAGAGAUCUGAAAUAAGAGAGGAGAUGGAACAUAAAGGAGAUACAGAAGAAGAAGAGGACUCUGAAGAGAGAGAUUGUCUAGCGGGCACCAAAGUAAAGGUGAAAUAUGGCCGUGGAAAAACCCAGAAAAUCUAUGAAGCUAAUAUUAAGAGCACUGAAACAGACGGAGGAGAGGUCUUGUACCUGGUGCAUUAUUACGGUUGGAAUGUAAGGUACGAUGAAUGGGUAAAAGCUGACAGAAUCAUCUGGCCUUCAGACAAAGGUGGGCCGAAGAGAAAGCAAAAGAAAAAAACAAAGAAUAAAGACGAGAAUGAAAAGGAAGAAAAAAAGGACGAAGAAAAACAGAAAUCAAAACGAGGGCGUCCCCCUCUAAAGUCAACUCUUCAGUCUAACAUGGCUUGUGCCGGAUCAAAAACACCAAGCAGUGAGAGCAAGACCUCCACAAAGUCCUUGCGAAACAGUUUGCCUGAUAACUCCUUCCUGUCAAAUGGAUUAGAAGACUCAAGCACAUCAGAGAGUGAAUCAGAGGAGAUAUCUGAAAAAUCACCCAUGAAAGAGGAGAUUUUGCCAAAGAGUGCAACAGAAUCUGAGACAAAUGACAGCAUCAUCGAGAAAAGCUCUGAGGAAGAGGUUAUUUCUGUAUCAAAUGAACUGGAAACAAGCCCAGCAAAACCAGUAGAAACCUUGAAGCAAGAAGUCGAGGAAAGCGAGGAAAUUGUUCAGAUUUAUGGGAAACAAACAGAACAAAUAGAAGAAGUGAAAAAGGAGGGAGACAAUCUGCCAAAGCCUAAGGGGAGGCGAAGUAAAACAAAAGAGUCUUCUCUUGAGAACACAAAGAGUUUGCCGGCCAUGCAGGAAGACUUGUUUGCAGAACUCAACGUGGAGCCAGAAACAGUAGCCUUUCCUUCAAUGGAGUUGUUACAAAAUAAGGACAUUUCCUUCACUACGAAGGAGGUGGACCUUCCCGUUGAACCACUGAUAACCGAGAAAAAGGCUAUGAAGAGGAAACCACUGGAACAAGCCUCUCCAGAGAAGAAGGUGCGUACUGAGUGUGAGCUAGAUUUGCCAGUCAUUGUGGCAGAAGAAAAACCUACUGAAAGUAACGAGACUCAGGAACCCUUUCAUGCUGUUGUCGUCGAGGAGCAGCUCCAGAAUGUCAAUGAGGAUAUGCCCGCCUUAACGGCUGAGCUGGAACACGUGCACUGCCCUCGGACCGGGGAAACGGAACUGCCACCAACCGAAGUAACCAGUAUCCCAUACAAAGAAGAGCAGGAUACCAUGCCAAUGAUUGGCCCGGAAACGUUGGUUUGUCAUGAAGUCGAUUUGGACGAUUUUGAUGAAAAGGAAAAGGUAGAGGACAUUGUAAUAGAGAAAGCUGAGCCUGAACCACAAAUGGUCCAUCCGCCUGUACAGUCCGCGGCGGGCCAGCCAAACAAUUACUCUGCGGCCUCCCCCUUUGCUCUUAGCCACGAUGAAUCUCACAGCGUAAAGAGUGAGAGUGAUAUAACUAUUGAAGUGGACAGCGUGGCAGAGGAGUACCAGGAAGGUCUCUGUGAAAGUGAAUCUGCGAACGGGUUUGAAGCUAGCACCACUUCCAGCAACUGCAGUGUAGCUGUGCCAGAAGCAGAACUGCGCGAGAAAGGUAUUAAAAGGGUGAGUGAAAGCAGUACCGGGUCACUUGCUAAGAAACAAAAACGGACUCCAAAGCGGCUUAGUGCGUCCUCGAAGGGUGACAAAAAUGGAAUAGGACAAAGCAGUGACAGCGAAGACCUUUCUGCACUUGAUAGUUCAAGUAAAUGCACACCUGUAAAACACAUAAAUAUUCCUAAACCACAGAAGAUGGCAAGAUCCCCGGCCAGGGUCGCCUCUCCGCAUGUUAAAGAAACCGAAAAGGAUAGACAUAGAGAAAAACACCAGCAUUCGUCAUCCAGGACAUACAAGUGGACUUUGCAGCUAAGUGAGCUGGAUAAUAUGAGUGGCACGGAGAAAAUUGUUUUCCUCCAAGAAAAACUGCAGGAAAUAAGAAAGUACUAUAUGUCUCUGAAGUCUGAAGUAGCGACUAUUGACAGGAGAAGGAAACGGUUAAAAAAGAAAGACCGAGAAAUGUCCAACACAGGAGCAUCCAUGUCUUCGGCCUCCUCGGAAACAGGAAUGAGCCCGUCGUCCUCUUCUCCUCCACAGAGCACACUCGCUUUAGAGUGCAGGUGAUACCCAACGUCUCUUCUUCCCAGCAGUCUGCUGCCACGGACACGAACACUUAACUCCCUCUCCUUGGAAUACAACCACGUAAAGCACUCAACCGGUUUGACAUUGCCAAGAUUUUUGUUCUUUCCAAAUUCCCUCUGCUUGAUUUCAAAAUAUAUAUAUAUAUAUAUAUAUAUAUAUAUAUAUAUAUAUAUUUACACAUUUUACGUUUUAUUUUAUUUUUUUCUCUUGAAUUAAAUUAGAAACUAGGAGAUUUAGCAGUGUGCCACAAUAGUUUCUUGUUUUGUUCCAAAACUAAGUGACCAUUUUUUUAUUGAAUUGACAAAUGUCUGUCUGAGUACAGUAUCGAGAGACCCAUCAAUUACCCACACAAGGAAAAAAAAAAAUAAGCAAGUGCGUAAUCCAAAUGUCGGAGUGCUAGAAAAAAAACUUCAUAGCAGCUGCACUUUUUUGUACAGGGCUGCUUUUUAGCCUCUGAUCUCCAUAUAUUAUAUUAUUAUUUUUUUGGAAGCACUUGCUAUUAAGAGAACUGCCAAAGUCCAAUGAGUUCAGCAGAGUGCCCAGUUUUAAAGCUGUAAGCAAGACAAAAUAAAUUGUUAAAGGGUCUGUAGUUGACUGAAAACUACAUUUAAACGAUGUCUUCCACUUUUUACAGGAAUUUAGAGCACACAGUUAUGCAAAUAUUUUAAUGUUUAUUAAUGUUUACAGUGGAAUUGUGAAUACGUUUUCAGUUGACUAUCUUAUCCUUGACAAAUAUAUUUUGUCUUUUUCUAAUGUAAUUUCAGAGUUUUUAUUUUGUUACAAAAAAAAACAAAAAAAAAGAAAAUUAUAUGACAACAGCGAAGUUAUUUAACAAGAUUUCUAAAGAUGAUUUUUUUUUUGUAAAAUAAGGUAUUAUCUUGCAACUUGUUAAAUAUAUUUAUUCAGACAUUGGAUGUUGUAUUUUUAUGUAUUUUUUAAAAUAUUAAUAAAAUUAAAAAAAAAGUAAUAAAUAAGUGAAGGGUCUAGAUUAGUUCUCUAUUCCAAUACGACUGUAGCUCUUAAGAUGAUUUCUGCGCUCCACUUCACGACACCGAAAAGCUAUUACCACAUUUCUUUGGCAGUCUUCGUACCAAACUGUUUGUCUUUUCUUUCUCUUCGGUCGCAAAGCCCUUUUGAAGUAGAAUUUCAUUUUUGCUAUACUGCCGAAUGAAUUUAUCUCCAAGGUUGAGAUGCAGCAUUAGAGUAAAGCAACUAUGUUUGCAAGGUCAAUGGGAUGUUCCAUAGGCCAAUACAAUUGUAAAUAGUCCUGAAACCUGUAUUUAAAACCGUUUUUUGCAUAUACGUUGUGUACAAAAGUGAUUUUUUUAUCAAUUUUUAUUCAUGUUUGUACAUUAAAAGGGUUUUUUUACCCCUUUUCUUCUGUGUUUAAUAUGCUGUAGACUAAUAGACCAAUGUUUCUCAAUCAUCUCCUUGAGCUGCCCCACUCAUGCCGUGUCUUGGGGGUAAACCGGCUUAAUGACGCAUUCACGUGUAAGAUCCGUACAAAUGUGUGUUUUUGUAAACCAUCGUAUAAUAUGAGUGUCUCCCCUUUGCUGCUAGGUGGGCCAGCGGUCUUGCAGGCGCAUCUGGCAGCAAGGGGUUACACUGUUGGUUUGGAUGGGGUGAGCAGAGAACGGGGCGAGAAACUUGCCCUAUGGUGUAUAUCAGAAUAUUGUGUUCGCAGAGCUGAACGCUAGCUAUGGGUAGUUACUAAAAAUCUAUGUAUUUUUCUUUUUUUUGCUGCAUUGUGAACUUGUGAGUCUGAUUCCUUCCAGCACAGAUUUAACUCCUUGGCUGCCAUGGGAGUUAAAGAAAAAGUACUCCUGUAAUAUGCACUUUUUUCUGUCUUUCUUAAGCAACGCGGAGUUGUGUAUGUAAACAGCGCUCGCUGAAGAGCUCAAUAAAGGCCAUGGUUUAAACUUA